AUGCCACCGCGCCACCGGGGAUCGUCUGGCUACCGCGGCUUCCUCGAGUGCCCCGGCGGCAGCUACUACACCGAGAUCCGGUCCGGCAAUGUCCAGCUCGUCCUCGGCACGUUCGCGACCGCGCAUGAGGCCGCCCGCGCGUACGAUGCGGUGGCGUGGCGCCUAGAGAGGCCUCCGUCGCAGAUGAACUUCCGUGACGUCUUCACGCACGAGCAGGCGCAGGCCGUCGCCCCUCCACCUCGUCUUAUCACGGAUCAGGACCGUGCGGAGCACGGUCGGCGGCAGCACCGCCUCCUCAUCGCCGAGGAGGAUGAGCGAGCCAUGGAGGAGUGGCGCCGGCGCCACCCGGAGGACAUCGCCGCCGAGCGCGCCUACUGGGCGGAAAGGACGGCAAAGCGUCGGGCAGAGCGGGCGGACAGGCGUCGGCGGAAGGCACUGGCGAUAUCACAGUGCGAUAUCGUUUAA